GGGUUGGGUAAAUUUUUUGACCCGCGAAUAUCAACCCGACCCGAACCCGACCCGAAACCCGAAAUUGCCAGCCCUAUCUCCAUUCCCUCUCCUUUUGCCAGCUCCCUGGGCUGCCUCUCCACUCUAGAACUCACUUCACUCAGUCCUAAAAGUGUUUGUGCUACCAUGUGAUCAACUGCUGUAGAGAAUGGUAGAUUAGUUGAAGUAGCAGCAGUUGUCAACUGAUGAGGGACAUCAGUUGAAACAUGAGUAGUGGAGACAUUCAACUGAUGAGGGCUGAUAAGCAGAUCAGUUGAAGGACAAACACUAUUCAACUGAUGAAGGAGAUCAGUUGAAGAAAAUGAAGAAAUAGGUUUAGAAGCUGUGAUAGUUGAGUUUGUGGUGAUUGAUUUUGCAUGUAAGUCCACAGAACACAUUGUCACAGAAGAAUAAAUUUGAUGAGAUUGAUCCAACAAAUCAUCAAAAUGAUGAUGAUCAAUCUCAGAAUGGGGCUUCUCCAAGAAGUCUAAAGAUGGAGAAUUUACAAGUGUGGUGUGGAUUAAUUCCACAUCCACGGAGGAGGUUGGGGAUUGUGUUUGAGUGGUAGAUAUAGUAAGAUCAUGUAUAUGUGUAAUUGUUUGAGAGGAAAAAGGGGGCUGUGACUCCACAUUUAUUGGAGUCACAUCAAUCUGACUUUGAGAAGAAGAAACAUGCAUAGAAUCCUGUGUGUGUGCAGUGUGCUGUACCUUGUCACUUCUUUGCUUCUUUCUCCCAUAGGCUUUAAUUGGUAAAGAAGUGGUGUCCCUCCCCCUUUUUAGCUGUGUCCCUGGAUGGGGACUAUUUUCAAUAACAGCGUCCUUUUGGGAGGAUGCUGCUAGAGAUGAGCUUGAAUCCAUAUUAAGCUCUGCAAUCUUUUGGGAGACUGCAGAGUGGCUUGGCUGGUCAUCACUUUUCUCACCAUCCUUAUCCUUAGGGCUUCUUUGAUUUUCACCCUCCCCCUCCCCCUCACUUUCUCCAAUCACACUCCCCUCUGGUUUUUGUUUCUUGGAUUUUACAACAGAUGCCUUUUGGGAGGCACCUGAGGUUGGUGUAGUAGACUUGGAUUUAGAGGGUUGUGCCACUUGUGUGGACUGUUGAUGGGCCUCUUCAACAGCCCUGAUGGCAGAAAGUAAAGAAGGUGAUGGUUGAGAGAGAGUAGUAGGAUAGCCAUGUACCUCCUUUUCUUUUCCAGGCUCCAUGAUUGACAGGUAAACCACCUCCAAGGAGGGGUAGAGAUCCAUCCUUAAGAGGUCUUUAAAGACUCUCUUCUCCUGCACAAAACUGGGAAGCUUGGCUUCCUGGUUAGUGAUAACUAGCUUUUCAUCUAGAUGAUUAGCUAGCAUCAUGAGAAACCUAACAUAAUAUAUGUUCCUAGGUCUUUCAGUUUUAUCACCUAGUUUCUCCCCAAUUUCUUGGAUCAUCAAACCACCAAAAUUAAAAUAUUCAUUUGUCAAGAACAUAUAAAGCAUCUGUAAAAUCUGAGAAGUAAUAGCAUUAAAAUUACUGAUUUUAUCAGAGAAAGACUUAACAAAAGCAUCACAAAGAUCUCCAUUCUCUCCUAAGACCUCUCCUUUCUAUUUUUCCUAAGGCAUCAGUUGGCAAAACAUAAUUCAUGGCAUAAAAUAAGUUAACCAACUGAACGUCACUAGGUAAAGAAGAAACAGUAUCCUCAGGAAUGCUAAAACAUGCUUUCAUGAUAUCAGAAUUAACAGUAUGAACAUUAUUUUUAAUAGAGAAGGUUAGAGUUUCAUCCUCACUAUUGAACUCUGCAGAAGUCCACAUUUCCUCCACUACUUCAUGAUAGAUAGUGGGAGUUGCAAGUAUGGCGUGAGAGAGUUGGUUGACUUUGAUGAACUCCAUCAUUUUGUGAAACUCCUUCUCCUUCACAGCUUUUGUGUCCACAAAAGAAGCGAAAUUGUUCUUCUCAUAGAUGAACCCACUUGGUGAAGUGUACUUCUUCAUUGGUGCCAUUGCAGUUUGCAGAAAAAGCUUGAAGAGAAUAUGAACUUGUGUUUGCACAGAGAGAUAGUAGAGGGUUUGUGAAUUCGAAAGAGUAAGAUGAAAAGAAAUGAAAAUAAGUUAAAACACUUAAAUACUUUCUCAGAAAAUUGCUGUGAUUGGCUGAGAAAUUACCGUUGAGAAAAAAUUACUCUUAUUGAACUCUACAAAAAUUACACACACGAUCGUGUGUAUAAAGCAGGAGAUAGAUAAAAGAAAUUUCAACGGCUCAGAUCCAAUAAUAUUUUCAACGGAUGAAAUAAGCGCCUCUUUAAACUUCCUAUUCAACUGAUGAUGAUCAGUUGAAAGUGUUUUCAACUAGUGUCAUCAAUUGAAUGAAAAACAAAACAAGAGGGUAUUGUUUCAAACAUCAGUUGAAACAAUUUCACUAGUUCAUCAGUUGAAAUAUUACAGAUUUUAUCCAGAAUUAUAACUAACUUAAUUUUGAUAAAUCAAAAUUAAUUAAAUUCUGGCUGCCAAAUUACAGAAAAAUUCACUAUAAAUUAGGAAAAAUUUAACAUACCUAAUUUACUUACCAACCUUGUGAAUGUGGAUUCAUCAAGAGGCUUUGUGAAAAUAUCUGCAAUUUCUUCUUCACUGGGAACAAAAUGCACUUCAACAGUAGCAGCCAUCACAUGUUCUCUUAUGAAGUGGUAUUUGAUGUCAAUAUGCUUGGUUCUUGAGUUUUGUACUGGAUUUUCAGUUAUAGCAAUAGCACUGGUGUUGUCACAAAAUAUUGGGAUUUUUGAGAGAUUUAAACCAUAAUCAAGUAAUUGAUUUCUCAUCCACAAUAUUUGUGCACAACAGCUUCCAGCUGCAAUGUAUUCAGCCUCAGCUGUAGAGGUUGAUACAGAGUGUUGCUUUUUGCUAAACCAAGAAAUCAGCCUAUCACCAAGAAAUUGACAUGUGUCUGUUGUACUUUUUCUAUCAAUUUUGCAUCCUGCAAAAUCAGCAUCUGAAUAUCCAAUUAGAUCAAAUCCAGAGUCUUUAGGGUACCAAAUACCAAGAUUUGGUGUUCCGUUAAGAUAUCUGAAUUCUUUUUAUAGCAAUAAGAUGUGAUUCUUUAGGAUCAGAUUGAAAUCUAGCACAGAGGCAUGUAGAAAACAUAAUAUCUGGUCUACUAGCUGUCAGAUAUAAAAGAGAACCAACCAUGCCUCUAUAAUUAGAGAUGUCCACAGAUUUCUCAUUAGGACUUAACUCUAAUUUGGUGACUGUUGGCAUGGGAGUCUUAGCUUCUUUGCAAUCCAUUAAAUCAAACUUUUUAAGUAAAUCAUAGAUGUACUUAGUUUGAUUUAUGAAUAUACCUUCCUUUACUUGUUUAACUUGUAAACCAAGAAAGUAGGUGAGCUCUCCCAUCAUGCUCAUUUCAUACUGACUUUUCAUUAGAUUAGCAAACUUUUUGCAAAGUCUCUCAUCUGUAGAACCAAAAAUUAUAUCAUCUACAUAAAUUUGAACCAGAAUAAAGGCACCAUUUACAUUUCUGUAAAAUAGUGUUUUAUCCACAGUUCCUCUGGAAAAAUGAUUAUCUAACAAGAAUUGAGAUAGAGUGUCAUACCAUGCCCUAGGUGCUUGCUUUAGUCCAUAAAGUGCUUUUAAUAAAAAGUAAACAUACUCUGGAAAUUCUGGAUCUUCAAAACCAGGAGGCUGACUCACAUACACCUCCUCUUCCAGUUCACCAUUUAGAAAAGCACUUUUGACAUCCAUUUGAUAAACUUUGAAGUUUGCAUGAGCAGCAUAGGCCAAGAAGAUUCUUAUGGCUUCUAAUCUUGCAACUGGUGCAAAUGUCUCAUCAAAAUCAAUUCCUUCAGAUUGAGAGUAUCCUUUAGCCACAAGCCUUGCUUUGUUUCUGGUGACAACUCCAUUCUCAUCCAUCUUGUUUCUGAAUACCCACCUUGUGCCUACAAUUGUUCUAUCCUUAGGCUUGGGCACCAGCUUCCAUACAUUGUUUCUCUCAAAUUGAUUUAAUUCUUCUUGCAUAGCAAGAACCCAAUCAGCAUCUUUGAGAGCAUCUUCUAUGACUUUAGGUUCAUCCUCUAAAAGAAAUGCACUGUUCAAACAUUUAUCUUGAGUGGCUCUUCUUGUUUGUACAGAUGCAUUUGCAUCUCCAAUAAUUAACUCAAAAGGAUGAUCCCUUGUCCAUUUUCUUUGAGGUGGAAGUGAUUGCCUUGAUGAUGUAGCUUCAUUGUUGAAGUUCAGAUUUCCAUGUUGGAAAGCUCCCCCUAAAUUUGACAUCUCAUUAUUUCUAGAUUGAUUGAAAUUUUGAGACAUUCUUUCAACUGAUGAUCCUUGAGGUGUUUCAACUGAUCCCUCCAAUGUAGUUUCAACUGAUGCUUCAGUUGAAUUUUCAAUAGCAGUUGUUCCUUGCACCAGAGAAUCAUCAGUUGGAAUAUUAAUUCCAGGAUUAAUUCCAGCAUUCUGAACAGUGUCAUCAUAAUCAUAAUCACUGUCAUACAGAUCACCUUCACCCCCAUUCUCAAAUUUGAGAUUAUCAUGAAAUCCUUCAUCUGUCAAUCCUUGGAUCUUUUUAUCAUCAAAAACUACAUGAAUUGAUUCCAUAACAAUUUUGGUUCUCAGAUUGUAUACUCUAAAAGAUUUUCCAUUAGAAUAUCCAACAAAAAUAGCUUCAUCUGCUUUGGCUUCAAAUUUUCCAAAAUUUUCACCUUGAUUUCUUAGAACAUAACACUUGCACCCAAAUACAUGAAGAAAGCUAAUUGAUGGCUUCUUUCCCUUGAAGAGUUGAAAAGGAGUUAGAUUUUGAGGUUUGGUAAUUAGAGAGAUGUUUUGAGUAAAACAGGCGGUGUUCACAACUUCUGCCCAAAAAUAGGUUGGAAGUUGAGCUUCAUUAAUCAUGGUUCUUGCAGCCUCAAUAAGAGUUCUAUUCUUCCUUUCAACUACACCAUUUUGUUGUGGAGUUCUUGGUGCAGAGAACUCAUGAAUAAUUCCCUUUUCUUCACAAAAUUCUUUCAUCACAGAAUUCUUGAAUUCUGUUCCAUUGUCACUUCUUAUCCUUCCAACUUUGACAUCUGGAUUGUUGUUUAAUGCCCUAAUAUGAUUGAUGAUGAUUUUCCCAGCUUCAUCCUUAGAAUGCAGGAAGAAAGUCCAAGUAAAUUUUGAAAAAUCAUCAACAAUCACUAAGCAAUAUUUCUUCUUUGAGAUGGACAUUAUGUUGACUGGUCCAAAUAAAUCCAUAUGCAAGAGCUGAAGAGGCUUCACAAUUGAUGAAAGAGAUUUGCUUUUGAAAGAGCUUCUCUUUUGCUUCCCUUGCUAACAAGCUCCACACAAACCAUCUUUGGAGAAUUCCAGCUUUGGUAUUCCUCUUACCAAAUCCUUUUUAACUAAUUCAUUCAAGGUUUUGAAAUUUAGAUGAGACAACCUCUUGUGCCAUAGCCAACUGUCAUCUGAGCUUGCUUUGCUGAGAAGGCAAGUAAUAGAUUCAGACUUUACAGAAUUGAAGUCAGCCACAUACACAUUUCCUUUCCUUUGUCCAAUUAGUACCACAUUGUUGUCAUCUCCUUUGGUGACAACACAGGCUGCGGGAGUGAAACUUACUUUGUAUCCUUUGUCACAAAGUUGAGUAAUGCUAAGCAAGUUGUGCUUAAGACCAGAUACCAAUGCAACUUCAUCAAUGAUGACAUUCUCUUUUGCAAUCAAGCCAUAUCCCAUAGUAUAUCUUUUUCUGUCAUCUCCAAAGGUAAUGCUAGGGCCAGCUUUCUCUACAAACUUUGUGAGCAGGGAAGAAUCAACAGUCAUGUGCCUGGAGCAUCCACUAUCCAAGUACCACAAAUUCUUCUUAUGAUUUCCCUGCACACAUUUCAUAAACAGAUCAAGUUGAUUUUGGUACCCAAAUUGCUUUGGGUCUAGAUUUGUUAGUCUUAACAGCUUUUCCCUCAAUCUCAACUUUUCCCUUGGAUUGAACUGGUUCAAUCUUUGGUUUUGGUUGAGAGAUUGGAACAUCAACAUUGUUCUUAAACACAGGCAUUUGAGGUAUGCAUACAUUGUUCAUGCCAUGCAAAUUUGAAUGGAAUUGAGGCAUGUUAAAAGCAUUGAAAUAUGGAUUGAACAUAUAUGGCAUGCUAGGCUGAGAAUAUGGAUUAUGAGACAGUAAACCAGGCAUCAUGUUUAUAGCAGAUAAGUUCAUAUGAGGAACAGAUGGCAUAGGAAUAGGCAAUGAUAACUUAGGAGCAAUCACAGUUUUACAAUUAGCAGAUAAGUGAUUUACACUACCACAUUUACUGCAAGUUUUCCUAGGAGCACUGGCAUUGGGUGUGUAAUUAGUGUGCUUAUUGACUCCAAUUUUACCAUUUCUAUUUCCUUUCUUCUUUUUAGUCUCUUCUGAUUUAGGCUCACUAGCAUCCAACUUCUUCUUGGUCUUAUGAGUGUUGUUAACACUCUCACCAGUCUCAGAACAAUCAUUCUCACUUUUAACAAAGUUCUUUUUAACAGGACCAUAUUUCUUAUUAAGUUUCUUGAGAACUUUCUUGUCAACUGGUGAGUUUUUGUUCAACUGAUGACUCUCAUCAGUUGAGACUUUGCUUUUCAACUGAUGAUCAUCAUCAGUAUUCUCAUCACUUGAACUGUUCUCAGAUAUCUCAAGAACUUUCUUAUUCCUUUUCCAUUCAUUCUCCACAAAGGUUUCUCUACCUUGCAUGUUGAUGAUAUUAGUGGAAACAUCUCUCCCAGAUUUCCAUUUAGCAAUAAUCUCUUGUUCCUUAUCAAGCUGUUUUUUAUGAUCUCUUCUCUUUUCAGAACAACCAAGAGAUCAUCUUUGGCUGUCUGACACUCAAUUUUCAGUUUCUCAAACUCAAUAAAUUGAGCUUCUAAAGCACUGUUUCUGUCACUAAGAAAGGUGUUAGCCUCCUUAAUCCUACUAUUUUCCUUAGUGAGAGAUUUUAAAGACACAUGCAAAUGAUACAAUUCUGUAGACAUUUCAUUUAUGGUAGCAUUGCAUUCAUCUUUAGUUAACUCAACUAAGUUUGUAGUGAAUACCUGACUACUGCUUCAAGUGUUUUCUUCUUGAUCUGUGGAGUUGGCCAUUAGAGCUAGAUUGACAAACUCCUCCUCUUCAUCAGAAUCAUCCCCAGCUACCCAAUCAUCCUUUGUGAUGAAUGCUCUUUCCUUUUGUUUGAGAAGUUCAUAAUAUUUCUUUUUAUAGUCAAUGUUUUCACUUGACCUCUUCUCAACUUUAGGCUUUCUGCACUCAUUUGCAAAGUGACCUGCAUUCCCACAGUUGAAGCACUUGAAUUUUGAUCUAUCAACCAUGCUUCUAUCAGACUUGGGAUUGCCUUUAAAUGAUUUUGCAGAAUUGAAAUUCUUUUUGAAUUUCAGUUUGGAGAAUCUUCUUGAUAGGAAGGCUAGGUGCUCAUCAAUUCCAUCACUUUCUUCACCAGAAUCAGCUACAUCUUUCUCUUUUCCUUUUCCUUUGCUUGACUCUGAGCUCUCUUCUUUGACCAACCUUUCAGUUUCUUCAACUUGAGACUUUCCCUUGUCCUUGACAACAUCAUCAAGAGAUGCAACUAGAGCCACAGAUGAAUGCCCUUUCUUUUGGCUUUUCUCAAUCUCUUCAUCUUGUUCCAUUUCAAGCUCAUAGGUCUUUAAGUUUCCAUACAGUCUCUCAAGAGUAUAGUCUUUGAAUUCUUGUGUGUUUCUGAGAGAGACUGUCAUAGGUUUCCAUUCUUUGGGAAGAGCUCUUAAGAAUUUCAAAUUUGAAUCCUUAACUUGAUAUACUCUUCCAAAAAGUUUUAGACCAUUUAACAGUUUUUGAAAUCUGUUAAAUGUGUCACUCAAACCUUCACCAGACUUGAAAUGGAAUGACACAUAUUGUUGAAUUAGAAGCUGCAUUUUGUUUUCUCUUACUUGCUCAUUCCCUCCAUAGAUGGUCCUGAUGGUGUCCCAAACUUCUUUGGCACUUGUGCAGCUGAUAACACUAUCAAUCAUUUCUUGAUCCAAACCAUUGAACAGAAGGUUCAUGAUUUUCUUGUCCUUGUGCACUUCUUCGGUAUCUUCUUGAGAAUACUCAUGGAUAGGUUUUGGAAUCAUUUUACCUACCAUAUCUUCACCAUCAGCUCCCAUACUGGUGCAGACCUUCAUUGGGACAUGAGGUCCUUUCUCAAUGCAGUUCACAUAGCUUUCAUCAAUGGACAACAAAUGCAAAUGCAUUCUCACUUUCCAGUGAAAGUAGUUGUCUUUGUCAAGAACAUGAAUCUUCACUCCAGCAUCCUUCUUUCCCAUCUUUCUUUAGCAGUGUUGAUCUUUUUCCCUGUUUGUUGGGAACCUCGCUCUGAUACCAAUUGUUAUUUUACACUAACUAUAAGAAAGAUUGUAGAAGGGGGGGUUGAAUACAAUCUUUUACAAACUUAAAAGAUUCAAGAACAAUGCACUUAGAUACAGCAAAUAGAAAAACACCAAGUAUUAAAAAUACGGGUGGAUUGAAUGAUCCACCCGUGAGAUUUUAUAUAGAAGAAUCUGUGGAUUGAUUACAAUUCGCACAGCUGCUAGUUCAUCACUCAAAACAAGUUCUAACUCUCAGAUUUUCUCUUAAGUAAUUUGAACAAGUUCAAGUGAUGCUUGUAACCUGGUUAUAUACUCCAAGUUUUACAAAGCUUUUAACUAGAUUACAAAAUGCACUCUAAUCUAAAAACAAUGUUGCACAUCUUUGUCUUAUGCAUGCUUUCUGAGAUGUCUUCAUCUUUGACCAUUAUCUUGAUUUGAUCCAGAUUGCAUUGCAUGAGAUAAGUAUGUUUCUGCUUCUUCUUUAUUUACCUAAUUAGGCUUCCAUGUCUAUUUUAGUGUAAUUCGAUCCAUGUGAUUUGUCAGACUUGAGCUCUAGUCGCUUUCAACUGCUCUUUGUUUCAUCAGUUGAAAGUUCCGGUUACUUUCAACCGCUCUUGGCUUCAGUUGAAUGUUGCGCUAGUCUCAUCAGUUGAAUGAAUUACGAGCUUCAUCAGUUGAAUGCUGUUCCAGUCUCAUCAGUUGAAUUCCUUAGCAUCAUCAGUUGAAUACUUUGUCUUCAGUUGAAUGCUUGGUUUUCAUCAGUUGAAACAUGAUCCAGUCUCCAUCAGUUGAAUAGUUACAUCUCAUCAGUUGAAUGUCCUUCACUUAGAUAAAAUUACAAGGCAUUGGAUAUUUACAAUUAGCCAUCCUAUUCUACCCAUCCGUUGACAAUUCCCAAAGCCAAGAAAUAUAAAAAUUACAACUGAAAUUUGAUAAAGAUACUAAGUAAGACAUGUUACAAAAUGUUUAUGUUAUCAUCAAAACUUAUUGAUUCCUAACACAUGUCGUGAUUGUUAUAAUUUGAAGAAAUAUCCUAGUGUUGAUACAGUUCGUGAGCAUUUAUUUCGGCGUGGUUUUAUGGCUGAUUAUACUAAGUGGAUUUGGCAUGGGGAGGGAAUACACUCUGAGAAUACCGAGACAUAUAGUGGAAAUCAUAAAAGUAAUGGAGAUAAAAUGCCUUCCAAAGAAGAAGAUGAUGCAGAAAACGACAGGGUGGAUGAGAUGAUCCAUGAUGUUGAAGAUAUUCUAAUGCACAAGCCGGAAGUUCUUGAAAAUUUGGUGGACGAUUCCAAAAAACUUUUAUAUCCUGGGUGCAAUGAUCAAUUUACCAGGUUAUCGACAACUUUAAAGUUGUGUAAGCUCAAAGUAAAAAAUGGGUGGAGUGACAAGAGUUUCACAGAAAUGCUCAAACUUCUAGCAGAAAUGCUUCCAAGAUAAACGUUAUAUCAUAGCACCUUACAUCCAAGAUGACCACUGGAUGUUGCUCCUUUUUUGUCUUAAUGAAAGUGCUAUCUACGUGUUUGAUUCAUUGAAAAAAGAAAGGAAGAUACGGUUGACAAUACCUGCACGAAUAUACGUAUUUUACAGGGCAUUCAAAUUAUACGUGUCUCAAAGUGGACUGAGGAACAAUAGAAAAGAGUUUAUAUGGCAUCACACUGAGGUUCAGUGUCCUCAACAGGUAGGAGGUACAGAAUGUGGAUUUUUGGUCAUGAGGUACAUGUAUGACAUAUCAUGCUUUCUCAGAAAAAUUCUAACACGAACUGGGAAGUGGUUCUUGGUUCUAGGAGUUAUGGCAAAAAGGAAAUCAAUGAGAUUCGAGAGAUUUGGGCUCAGUUUUUUACUCUUGAAUGUCUCUAGUCGGGUAAUUUGUUGAAGUACAUAUGGCGAUUAAUGCAAAAACGGGAGUGCAGAAAAAGGAGCUUCAAGAAAAGCGGAGUUAGUUGAGAGAUUUUUAUGCUCUAAGAUGUUUAAUGUAACUGACUUAAUUUGUAGAGAGAUUGUAAUUAAUAUUGUACUCUUUCUAAUGUAAACAAUCUUUUUAAAUUAUUAUAAUAUAAUUUUUGAGCUAUAUUAAA